GGAGGAGGCGAGCCAGCGCAAGGUAAGGACGCUGCAAGACAGCCUAUAUCCUGCAUGUGGGCACGGAGGAGAAGGGUCGGGCAUGGCGAUGUCGGUGCCGACAGGUUCCUAUUUCUGGUGGUAUCCAGGCCCGAGUUUGUUCGCCAAGCCGGGAUCACUCACCCAUGUCCACGAAUAACUUUUGAGCGGCAGGCGACAGACAUUCUCUCGGGCGUGGUCGCUCACAUCGACGGAUAUCUUGGAGAGGGCGUCAACGACCUUGAGCUCAAGCGUCUAAUCGAAGCCAAUGGCGGUCGGAUAACCCGCGGUCCCUCUGCAGCGACCACAACUCAUUUGGUCUGCACGAAUCUGGCCACAUCCAAGCGGGCAACCCUGGGGUCUCGGAAGAGAACCAGCUUCAAGAUCGUCGAUCCCAAGUGGAUCACAGACUCGGUCGCCGCCGGGCACAGACUGCCUGAAAGACCCUACGAGAUCCUGUGAGGCUGCAGCGGACCCUUCCUGGAACUGAGCUGGCGCAUCAAGUGACGGCAUCGACUUUAGACAUUUGGCCGAGUCUGCCGGAACAGUUAUCGAUUGAGAGGAUGUCUCGCCGUCCAACACACACUCGCCACCCAAGACACACUGCUCGACGCCUUCUUGCCUGGCUUCAUGCGACAUCGCAUCGCCACCUCGCAAAACGAACAAGAUGCCUCUCCGCUGAAAGAGAGAUGUCGGAAGAUACAAACAGCUUCAUUUCAUGCGAACAAAGGCGGCGCCAUCAUGGCAUUCGCAAAGGCAAUCAACAGACUUGCUGAAAC